ACCACCUAAUUUCAAAAUUCACUUCUUCGCGCACUGUAAGGACUCCCCUAGGGUGCACAAACUCAACCACCUAAUUUCAAAAUUCACUUCUUUGAUUAACGAUCAGGUUUGAUUUCUACCUUUUAAGUUCAUCAGGCACUUCUGAUUUUGUGAAGCCGUGAAGAUGCCCAAAGAUAGAAGAUCUUCGUCUAAUAAGUGUAGGGCAUCUCCCUAUUCCUGUUACGACAAGAAUGAUGAUAGAAAGGAACCCAAAUCUCCCUCCCUACAAGUUGGAUAUGAAAGUGAAUUUGAAGAAGCCAGAUGCCCUAUUUGUAUGGAACACCCACACAAUGCUGUGCUUCUACUUUGUUCUUCACUUGAAAAAGGAUGUCGCCCAUACAUGUGUGACACGAAUCCCCGCCACUCAAAUUGUCUUGACCAGUUUCACAUGUCAAAUAUGAAUAAGGUGAGGGAACGAACUAAGCUUGCUUGCCCUUUAUGUAGGGGUGAAAUCAACGGGUGGGCUGUGGUUGACCCUGCUCGCCAAUUCAUGGACUCGAAAGCAAGAAAUUGCUCACUUGCUACAUGUGAUUUUGUUGGUAAUUAUACUCAAUUAGAAGAACAUGCCAGCCGUGUACACCCAUGUCUUAGGCCAACAGAUGUGGACCCUGAACGUGAACUUGAGUGGAGACAUUUGGAAGAAGAUAUGGGGGAACAAGGCAUGCUCAAUAUGCAGUUUGAGUAUGAUGAAGAUGAUGACGAUGAUGGUGACUAUGUUUUAUCAGAAUCUGAGCUGGCUUCCGACAAUCUGUUGGAUGAUUCGGAUAGCAUGUUUGACUUUUCAUCUGCAGAUGAAUAAUAGAUUCGCGGAUCAAGUAGGUCAAGAGAGAAUGCCCAAACCACAAGAAGUAAAACCCCUACACAUGUCAGACAGAGAUCAAACAGUCAACCAAGUUCACAUAACCGUCAAGAAUAGUUAACUACAUUGGUUGAGUUCCAUGAGCUUAGCUCAAACCCACCCACCUUAGUUUUUAUGUUGAUUUCUCUUGGGUUAUUCUGGGUCAGAUAUUGUUUGAAUUAUAUGGAAGUAAUGUCAGAUGUCUUUAGACCUGUUGUAUACCGGUACUUUGAUCAGCUGUAUUCUUUUAAUUUUGUUUUGUUUAAAAACUUGUUUUCUUGGCUUAAUUGCAUUUCGAUUUACUUGUAGAA